AGGGGGUUUCUGCUUUGCUAUUGUUUGAACUGCAGAUUGCCCCUUUAAUGGAUUGCCUUGUUCCUUAACCUCUCAGAAAAUGCAGCAGAGACUAAACCAGUUUUCAAAAAAGGAGAAGAGGAGCAAAACGUGUCCAUGUUGACCAUCUUCAAGAAGAUCUGGGUCCUGGCUCUCUCUGUGUGUUUUGCCUUCACCAUCACCAUCGGCACCUUCCCGGCAGUCACUGUGGAUGUGAAGUCUACCAUCGCUGAUGGAGGCACCUGGGAGCUGUACUUCAUCCCCGUGUGUUGUUUCCUGCUCUUCAACCUCAGCGACUGGGUUGGGAGAAGCCUUACUGCUGUGUGUAUGUGGCCUGGGAAGGACAGCAAACUGGUGCCCAUUCUUCUGGUGGCCCGUGUGAUCUUCGUGCCGCUCUUCAUGCUGUGCAAUGUUCAGCCCCGCUACAACCUGCCUAUCUUCUUUGAACACGACGCCUGGUUCAUCGUCUUCAUGAUAGUCUUUGCCUUUUCCAACGGAUACCUGGCCAGCCUUUGCAUGUGCUUUGGGCCCAAAAAAGUUGCUGCUCAUGAAGCGGAGACAGCUGGAGCCAUUAUGGCCUUCUUCAUGUCCCUGGGUUUGGCUCUGGGAGCUUCCCUCUCUUUCCUCUUCAGAGGCCUGGUCUAAAAUGGCGCCCUGUAGAGAACAUGACCCCAAAACCCCAAAUUGACCUAUAAAACUUGCAUUGUAACAAAUUGUCUGAAAUGUAUUUGUUUAUUUUUUAAACAAACCAUACUGAUUCACCUCAAAUCUGGUCUUCCAAAGAACGGAAGGUGGUAAGCAGCUCAAGACCAGGAUUCAAUCCGAUAGCACUUUGUUGGCUAUGCGCUAUUUAAAGGUCAUUUUCUAAUUGUACCGACAUAUACAGCGUUUACCGUGAAUGCGGUCUCCGUGAACACAGGAACAUUACCUUUAACAGCCGGUAGUGUGAGGAUUCUUUUGUUUGAAAGCUACCAAACUAACCAAAACUGAAUUAAGUAGAGCAUUUGUGAAAUUAGGCAUCUACAGGUUCCUACUGGGAGAUCACAUGCAAUUCAGUGCUUCCCUUUUUGAUUCUGUAGUAUUCCAAUUUGAAUCCUGAUGAAGCCAUGAAUCCUUAUGAAGCCAUGGGGUGGCAGGGCGCCUAGUGGUUAGAGCAUUGGACUAGUAACUGAAACGUUGCAAGAUUGAAUCCCCGAGCUGGCAAGGUAAAAAUCUGUCAUUCUGCCCCUGAACAAGGCAGUUAACUCACUGUUCCUUGGCCCUCAUUGAAAAUAAGAAUUUGUUCUUAACUGACUUGCCUAGUUAAAUAAAUGUGAAAUUUUAAAGAAUUAGCUCAAUACGAAGCAAACACAAUUUAUGGCUAUAUUAACUGCCAUUUAUUGGCAAAUAUAUUUAAUCAGUAUGAGUGCAAUAUACAGUGUAAUCAUGAAUAACACAAUCCCUACAAGAAAGUGAUGUGCAAUGAGAUCGACUCAGCGAGAUAACAUUGCAACGAGCCGCACGGCAGAUAUUGAGAUGAGCAUGAAUCUGCCAGUGGGAGGACCUAUAGGAGGACGGGCUCAUUGUAAUGGCUGGAAUGGAAUAGAUGGGAGUCAAACAUGUGGCUGGAUACCGUUUCAUCCCAUCCUACUAUAGCUCCUCUCACAGCCUUCUCUGGUAUCUGUGCAUGUGCAUGGGGGCACAUCACGCUGCCACAAUGGGACCAAAACAGCUGCGGGGUCAAAACAAAAUCAUUUUAGCCUUGUCCAUCAACACUCUUCGUUGUUGUGUAAAUGUACCUGUAUAGAGUUUACUUUGGGCAUGCAACGUCAUCUCACUGAGUCUACCUUUAGUCAUGUGCCCUAACGAGCUGACAAAAACAUGGACAAAGCCAAAUCAGCUCCAGGCCAUGGUCAUUUUGACAGCCACCAUUUUCGUUAAGAAAUUACACAAAGAGCUUUGUUACAAUGACUGUCGUUGCAAACUGCCAUAUCGCCAUGAUUUUGUUAAAUGUUGCUUACGGUAGUGUAUUGUUAAUGUCUUAAUGGAGUGUCACAAAAACAGUAUGGUUUUACUUUAAAUUAUGACAGUAUGAUUAGCAGCCUUUAAAAGCCUACUUUACAGUAGCAGGAGAUGAGGAACAAUAUCUUGAAUCUAUACCUAGCGGGGUAUCACUUAAAUGUUAUGUCCUAAUGUACAUACAGUCAUGUGAAAAAGUAAGUAUAUCCCCUGGAAAGUAGUAUUGUUUUUGUAAAUAUUUGGACAGAUGGAUAUGUAAUCUUCACUUCAACACUAUUGGCAGAUAAAGGUAACUUAAAUGAAACUCAAAGAUUAUAUUUUGCAAUCAUGUAUUCAUUAAAAAAAAUUACUUUGUAAAUUAAAAAUGGAACCAUGUGUAUUUUUCCAGGUUUUUAAUCUGUGAAGAGUCUUUAAUAAAACUUUAAUGCA